CGAACAGGCUUCACAGCGGACGCCUUCCCAGAGCAUUGGGGCCGUGCUGAUAAGAGCUGGCGACUGUGGAGAAGUGGAGCGCUCUUUCCUGCGGACACAUGCAGUGACGUGUGAGGGCAGCGGUCCGGACUCCGGGGUGCAGCCGGGGCAUCUGCACGUCCUUGCGUGCACGCCGAACGGGUUGAUCUGAGCACUGCACCGCCUGCACCGCCUGCAUCGCCUACACCGCCUGCACCGCGCACCAUGGCGGCCCCCUCGAGCGACGGCGGCCCCGCGUUCUCGCUGGAGCCGUCGGUCACGUCGUCGCACUCACUCGACUCGCAGACACGGCGCGCCGACGCGGACAACGGGGAAGGCGGCUCGGCACCUGCGCGGUUCAGGGGAGGAGGGACGGCCACGGGCGACGGCAGGGCGGCGUCGCAGGGCUCGGGGAGCAGUCGCCUGGCGCCAGAGGCCAUUGACGAGCGCGACUUUGCCCACCGCCGACACCGCGCGGACAGGGCGGCGGGGCGGUCUGGCGGCGGGUUCCUGCUGGCCCCGACGUUGCCCAGCGGGCCGCGCGACGGCAGCCGAGGGAAGAGCAGACACAGGCCGGACAGCAGACACAGUUCGGACAGCAGAGGGAAGAGAAGCACGCUCGACGUCCCGCCCGCCAACGUCUCGCCCGCCAACGUCUCGCCCGCCAACGUCUCGCCCGCCAACGUCCCGCCCAACGGCGCACCCCCCGUUGCGCCCCCCUCCAGGCGCCCCGUCGCGCCCCCCGUGGACCCGAACCAGCUGGUGCACAUGGCCCUGAACCUCAGCGAGAGCCGCCGGCGGAACAUCAGCGCCUCGCAGCUGCUGGGCGCGCAGUCGCGGGCGCCCUCUAGCGCGCACAGGGAGGGCAGCUUCUCGCACGCCGGCGGGAGCAGCAGCCUACGGCAGUACCUGAAUGAGCAGCGCAGAGUGUCGCGCAACUUGUCGCCCAUGGGCAAAGCCUCGCCCGCUCGCCACAUGUCCGCCAGCAUGCAGUCCAGCGGGACCGCAGCCUUCCCAGCACGCCAGACGAGCAAUCCCUCGCCGGCCACCCUCCUGCGCCGGGACAGGGCACGUGCCUACAUUGAGCUGCGGGCCGAGUACAUGCGUCUGCUGGCAUUCCUGCCACCGCUCAAGGAUGACGCCAACGCCCCGGGCAACUUCACCUACACCACAAAUGCCGUCCCGGGCAGCCCGCACGCCUACCUCACACGCACCCCGUCGUAUGCGAACAAGAAGCACGACCUCGGCCGCCCCUACAAUCCCAUACAAGCCCUGCGCAACCGGAGGAGCAGAGCCCGCGAACGCCUCGCGCUGCCCCACGAACCCGCCGCCUUCUCAGACAUUGAGCAGGUCCACGAGUGGAUCGACGACAUCGAGGAGCACUCAAAGACGCCUGGGUUCCGUCUGGAGGGCCGUGUCGCACUGCCACAGUUGCACCACGACCACGAGCUGCAGGCCGGCACACAGGCAAAGUCUUCCAAAUCGCAACAAGGCUGGAGCUUCACACCCGAAGAGCUGCUUGCCGAUGCGUACUGGCUCGAGCACGGGAACAACAAAGCUGUCAUCGAAGACCGCCUCGGCCGCAGGAUCUUUCCACCUCGAGAGCCACCCCAGCAGCAGAAGAACGACUUCCUGGCGCCAAGGCCCAGCAAAGAGUCUUCCAGAAGACGAAGCUGGGUGGACGGCGUCUCUGGCACCGAUCCCGGGACCGGUGACGAAAGCGAACAGGGCAGCGAGCGGGGUCGAAAGAGGCGCCUUCUGCCAAAGAUCCGCGCCAACUCGCGACUGCGGACAGGCAGAGGCAGUCCACGAAAGCAUUCCAUCGGCUACAGCGACUCGUCCGACAGCGAUGUGGACGUGCGCAAGGUUCGGAAGUCCUUUGACAUUGAGCACAACACUGGCCCGCUUGCACUGCAGAUCAAGAGACGAUUGGAGCUGCAGACCCAGGGACUGAACAACAACAAGACCCCAGCGGCCGACACACCAGACACACCAGACAAGUGGGGACGAGCACCACCCGAGGUCCCUGAUGGCAAGACUUUGCGCAACUCGUUGGACGUCCCUCGCUUUGCAAACGGCUCUUCAACAAGAAUUGACGACAAGGCUACUCUGAAGAUGCCUCCACGCAACCGCACCAACCCCUUGACCCCCAUCAAGUCGGCCGAACCCCGCUCAUCUUUCGAGGAUGAUAGCACCGCGCCCAGCACGCCGCUGCAUGUUCGACACUUUCCUCACAUUGGGAGUGACUUGUCUCCGCCGCAUAGCACGGAUGACUCUGACCGCACCAGGUCCAAACGUAGCAAGUUCAAUCCCUUUCACUUUACGCACGAUCACGACAAGCACGAACACAAGCACGAUCACGACAAGCAUGGACACAAGCACGAGCACGACAAGCAUGGACACAAGCACGAGCACGACAAGCAUGGACACAAGCACGAUCACGACAAGCAUGGACACAAGCACGAGCACGACAAGCGUGGACAUAAGCACGAUCACGACAAGCAUGGACACAAGCACGAGCAGGAUACGACAGCCUUGGACAAGAAGCAGGCCUCUCGACAGACAAGCGAGGAGGCCCACGAGCCCAGCGGACUCGGAACCGCCAUCUUUGCUGCACCUGGUGCGGUAAAGAACCUCCUGAGUCACCGUAAGAACGACAGCGUCAGUAGUCUCGACAGUCCGGACAAGCUGCGUCGCAAAGGGGCACAAGACCUCAACAACCACUCUGCUGUCACGAGAUUCUUCAAGGGCGUCAAACAUGAGGGAACAAAGGUUGGCGAUAUCAUCUUUAGGCGUGAUCGCGCAGACGACACGGAUGCGAGCACCGUUUCCGAUCGCAAUUCUAUCGACUUUGACGACAAUGAGCGACGCCGACCAGGGCUAUCACGAACGGUCACAUCAACCACCGCCGGCAGUGCGUCAGAGAAGGAAGGCCGGUCUCACCUCAAGCUCCCGUCUUUCCGUCCUGUUCACAAAGCCUUGAGCGACAGCGACGAUGCAUCGGACCUCGAGCACCACAUCUCACGCCAGUCCCGCGAGCGCCGCAAUGACCGAUCCUCUCGCAUCGACCGCCUUUUGCCGCCGCGUAUGGAUUUGGAGCGCGUCUCGACAGCUUCGUCGACAGCUACCCUCGGUCCUACCCGCAGCCACGAUCAGGACUACAUGAAGACACAGCUCGCCCGGCCCGGCGGCGUGCUCGCGUUCACCAGCAACCUCCCGCCAACCGCUCUCAAAGCCGCCCAGAACCGGCACCGCAGCGGCUCCCGCCCCACGCUCCAAGGCAAGCGGCACUGGAGCAUCACCGACGACGACGACGAGCACCACCUCCACCGCCGAAAGCGCAACGCCGUCUCCCAGGCAGACAUCGCCCGCGUCCGCGCACUCUUCCUGUGCUCGGGCGUCAAAGCAAAGGAAAUCUCGCGCCGCGCACACUCGCGUCGCGACCCCGCACCCGGCUUCCUCCUCCUUGCCGCGCAAACCGCAGCACGAGAUAUCUUCCCCAUUCCGCGCAAGGAAGAACACGUCCUCGCCGCCCGCAUCCUGGUCACCGACCUGGAGCGCGGCACGUCGGCACUGCACCGCGCGUGCGACGCCUUCCGCGCCGGCACCAUCAAGGACCUCAACGCCCGCAUCGUCGCGCUGAGAGAAAGCAUCGAGGCCGAUCUCAUGCCCCGCGUCUUCGAGGCCGGCGACGCUGCGGUGCAGAUCACGAGCGAAGUGAGCGGGCAGGGGCCGCUGCACGUCAAGCAGAUUUCCGACGAGAUUGAGCGCAUGCUGAGGCAGCGACGCAGGCAUUCGCGCUGGGUCAUGAGCUGGGGGUGGAGCGUGGUCGAGUGGGGGAUUGUGGUUGCGCUGCGCUUGGCGUCGGUUGUGUUUGCGGGCUAUGGGCUGCUGAAGAGUCUUGUCGUCGUGGUUUGGGGGGUGCUGAGGUGGUUGCUUUGGCUGUAGGAUGGCUUGGUCUUGGGCGGCGGUGCGGGUCGACUCUCGAGUCGGCGCAUGCCUCUGAGGCUUGCAUAGCAUUGGCGUUUUGACAUGGCAUUGGCAUUGGUAUCGGCAUUGGCAUUGGCGUUGGCGUUGGCAUUGGUUUGCUGGGAUUGCACUGGAUUGCUGGGAUUGCACUGGAUACCCCGAGCCUGGGCUUGUUCGCAUAAAUAGAGUACAUGGUAAUUAAUACACAAUCAACUAAUUCAACUCCCCGC